AUGGCGCUCAAUACAACGGGCAUCCCGCCGCUACAGUUCACGGCCCUCGACGACAUCACCGCCCAGUACAACAAGGUCCGCGCCACCUUUAAAUCCGGUCGCACGCGAGAUGUCGAGUACCGCAAGCAGCAGAUCCGCCGCCUCUACUGGGCCAUCGUCGACAAUGCCAAGCUGAUCGAGCUGGCCCUCAGCAAGGACAUGGGCAAGUCCAACUUCGAGGCCAACAUCUCCGAGAUCGACUGGUGCAAGCAAGAGUGCCUCGACGCCGUCGACAACCUCGACAAAUGGAUCAAGGACGAGGGCAUCCCCCACAUGCCCGUGCAGUUCUUCGCCAUGAAGCCGCGCAUCAGGAACGAGCCGCUGGGCGUCAUCCUCAACAUUGGCGCCUACAACUUCCCCUUCCAGCUCAACGUGACGCCCCUCGUCGGUGCCAUUGCCGCCGGCAACACCUUUGUUCUCAAGCCGUCCGAGAUAUCGCCGCACUCGGCCAUGGUCCUGAAGAAGAUCAUGGACGAGGCGCUGGACCCCGAUAGCUACGUCUGCUUCAACGGCGGCAUCGAUGAGACGAAACAUAUCCUGGAGCACAAGUUUGACAAGAUUGUCUUCACCGGCGGCAAGCGGACCGGCACCAUUAUUGCCCAAAAGGCAGCAGAGACUCUGACGCCCGUGCUCCUCGAGCUGGGCGGCCAGAACCCUGCCUUUAUUACCCGAAAGGGCGAUCUCAAGAUUGCCGCCCGGCGUCUGCUCUGGCAAAAGUGCUUGAAUGCUGGCCAGGUGUGCCUCUCCCACAACUACGCGCUCGUGGAGCGAUGCGUCCUCAACAAGUUCAUCGACGAGGUCAAGAAGCAAUAUGCCGAAUUCAUGCCCCAGGGAGCAAAGGCAAGCCCCGACUUUUCCCGCAUCGUCAACCAGGGCCACUAUAACCGCAUCAAGAAGAUGCUGGACAACUCCAGAGGCAAGAUCGUCAUGGGCGGAUCCAUGGAUGAGACCGACUUUUUCAUCGAGCCCACGGUUGUACUGGUUGACGACAUCAGCGACAGCAUGAUGGUGGAAGAGAGCUUUGGCCCUAUCUGGUCUAUUAUUCCGUUUGAUACCCUGGAUGAGGCCAUCAACAUUGCCAAUCAGGUUGACCCAACACCAUUGGCUUUGUUCACCUUUGGCUCCGAUGCGGAAAACGACAAAGUCCUCAACAGCGUGACGUCAGGAGGAGCCACCGUCAACGACGGCUUCUUCCACGCCAUGAUCAACCCAAGCCCCAUCGGCGGCAUUGGAUCCUCCGGCACGGGCAACUACCACGGCUACUUCUCCUUCAAGGCCUUUAGCCACCAGCGCUCCAUCGCAAAGGUCCCAACCUGGGCGGACAAGCUGCUGCGCGUGCGAUACAUGCCCUACUCGGCCAGCGAGCUGAAGCGCCACCACCGCAUCUCCGAGAAGAAGCCCAACUUUGACCGCAACGGCCAGCUCGUCAAGGGCCUGAAAUACUGGUUCACCGUGCUGCUGAGCUUGGGCUCCAAGAACGCGGCGAGCUUUGCUCUCAGGUGGGGGGUUCUUAUUGCUUUGGCUGUGACACUAGGUCUGAAACGCAACUCUUUAGGACUGUGA